GACCGUGCUGCGCUCACAUUGAAGGCGUGGCUAUGGGGCCGUGCUGCAUGUGUAACAUCCACACACGUACAUUGAAGGCCUGAUCAGAAUUGCAUGGAAAACAAAGCCGAGGCGCUAGACCGAUAAUAACAGCAGGCACAGCAGAAGCGCUAGGGGCUUGAGGUAAUUAACACACAUUGCGGGCUCUAUUACAAGUGGGCGUGGCAAUGGUCGUGAUCAGGCAACGCCUGGCCGCCGCGCUGACUCUGACCAUGCUAAUUAGCUUCUGGCCGGCCGGCGGCCAUGGGACAGCCGCCAUUGAGUGCGCCGAAUGGCUCAGCGCCAGCGAGUGCAACAAUGGCACUGCCCUCAACAAGAACAGCAACAACAACAACAACAACAACAAUCAGAUUGGAAACAACAGCAGCAACUAUAUGCUUGGCAGCUCGGCACUGGACCACCUAAAUAGUUCAAUGCAUCCGGACAAUCUGCUGGAAAUGGAUUUGGAGCGAGACGGCGAGAUUUGGCCACUGGAGCGUGUUGUGUCCAUCAUUGUGCCGGUGUUUUUUGGCAUCAUUGGCUUCGCCGGACUCCUGGGCAAUGCGCUCGUCAUAUUGGUGGUGGUCGUUAACCAACAAAUGCGCUCGACCACAAACCUAUUGAUUAUCAACCUGGCCGUCUCGGACAUACUCUUCGUCAUCUUCUGCGUGCCGUUCACGGCCACCGACUAUGUGCUGCCGGAAUGGCCGUUUGGCAAUUUGUGGUGCAAAUUUGUGCAGUACAUGAUUGUGGUCACAUGCCAUUGCAGCGUCUACACACUCGUCCUGAUGUCCUUCGAUCGCUUCCUGGCCGUCGUGCAUCCCGUCACCAGCAUGUCCCUGCGCACCGAACGCAAUGCCACGCUUGCCAUUAUGUGUGCCUGGAUAACGAUUGUGACAACUGCUAUACCCGUUGCCUUGGCCCAUUCGGUGAGGAUCUACCAGUAUCAUGGACGCGCUGGCACCGCCUGUGUAUUCUCCACCGAGGAGGAGGUCUGGAGUCUGGUUGGCUUUCAGGUUUCGUUCUUCUUGUCGUCGUAUGUGGCCCCGUUGACGCUGAUUUGCUUUCUCUAUAUGGGCAUGCUGGCUCGAUUGUGGAAGAGUGCGCCCGGCUGCAAGCCAUCGGCUGAAUCGCGCAAGGGCAAGCGACGCGUUACACGUAUGGUUGUUGUUGUGGUCCUCGCCUUUGCCAUCUGCUGGCUGCCCAUACACGUCAUACUGGUACUGAAGGCGCUCAACUUGUACGGCGGCACCCAUUUGACAGUCAUCAUUCAAAUCAUAUCCCACGUACUGGCCUACACCAACUCCUGCAUCAAUCCCAUACUUUACGCCUUCCUGUCUGACAACUUCCGUAAGGCUUUCCGCAAGGUCGUCUGGUGUGGCAGCCCACCGCCAAUUGUGACCAACCAACAGAUGACAAAGACCACGAGAACUGCGACCGGCAAUGGCACGUCCAACAUAGAAAUGCUCUAAGCUGGUAAGCGACACUA